AGUGUUAGUGACGUCUGCCCUGAAAACAACACAGAAUAAAACGAUCCAUCAUCGCCUCUUACUUUGGCCGGACGUCCCUCUGCCGGGAUAUCGCGCGCCACUCCUCGCCACCGAGAGAAAAACGAAGGGAAAAUAAAAACAAUAAUUUAGAGAAUGAAAGAGCUGCGACACGAGAUCCAGCGAACCCAGCAGUCCAGGUCGAAGUGAAAUGGCCAGCGGACAUGGGUAGCGAGACGGCGGGAAGGGGCGCCGUGGCGAAGGGCAUCUCGGCCUAAAAAAGGAGAAGGGAAGAGAAGAGAAAGAGGGGAAGAGAGGGAGAAAGAAGAAGAAAAAGAAAAGUAAGAAAGAAAAUCGAGUAAAGAAGAAAGCCCAAUCUGUAAGUAAUAAAAUGAGUGAGAUGUUAUGACAGAGCCCCUUGAGGUAGAAAGACACGCUGGAGAGCAUGCGGAGGAGGAGCAGCACCAAGAACGCCGGGGCAUGGAGCAGUAGGAAAAUGAUAAGGAGAAGAACAGGGAGAAGGAGAUAAGAGAAGGCGCCGUGAGGCAGACGAGGGGACGAGCCGAAGGUGAUUGGCGGGUAAAGGGCGAUUCCGGGAGAAGAUGAUGCCUUCCUUGGAGCUGGUGAUCACGAGCGAGGGUCAAGGCGGGUCGGACGAGCAGGGGGAGGAGUCAGGCAGCAGCACCACGCCCCCGCUCAAGCAGCCGCCCCUGCCGAUCCACACUCGCGCCGCUACCUUCUCCAAAGCCGCCACGAGGAACUCUUCGACGACCACCUCCAUCGCCAUCACGACCGAGCCGCAGGACCCCCGCCGCGACGACCGCCUGGUCGUUACGGAGCUGGACGACGACGAAGGCAACUGCCGCCAGCAGGACAGGAAAGGAAGGCUCGCCCUCAGCGUGGGUCAGGACGACUACGGUGGAGGCAACUAUGGCGAGGACGAGGAAGGGGACGACGAGGAGGAGGAAGAGAGGGACGACCGGUUCCCGUGGACGAACCCGCCCGACGGCAUGACUGACCCCGGCAAUGGGCGCCCAGGGGUCCGCGACCAUGACGACGGCAUUGAGGGCUGGUGGACAGGGGGAGGCCCGGUAGCGACAGUGAAGAUGGUGAUGGAGACGGGCGUGGGCGUGAUCACGAGGGCUUGGCCAUUGCACCAGCCCGCCCGCAACCUGAAGCUGGAGUUGAGUCGCGCCACGCAGGUCCCGCCCCACUUCCUCCAGCUGGUCCUCCGCGGGCGUGUCCUGAGUGACGUCUCCACCUUGCGAGACAUGGGCGUGGAGGCCAACGAGACGGUCCAAGUGGGCGUGUCCUCCAAGCGCCCGCACACCCACCCGCUGACCCUCCUGGCGCCCACCACGCCCACGAUCCCGACGCCGGAUGUCAUCACUGUGAUCGUCGCUGAGGGUGAGGGCGUGUGUUUCCGGAGUCGGAGAGCGGGAGGUCGUGGUGGAGGUGGAGUGGGCGGGGGUGCGGAAGCCUUGGCUGGGGGGGUUUCCGCCACAAGAUCUCGGGGCUUCACUACCACAACGCCACCACGCAGACGCAGCCGCCUCAGAGACCCAAGCCAGAUGUACACCAGAAGGCUGUCACCCUGGACCCUUUGCCUGUACGCGGUUUCGCACCUUAUUGACUUAUCGGGCGAAUUUGACACGAGUAAUAGCUUUUGCCUUGACCUAGGAAAAUGUGAACAACAAAAUACUGUUAACAGUGAAUGUCUAGAACCAAAGACUAAGGCAAUUUCGAACUUCAUGGCGGACUACCAACAGGUCCGUCGACGGAAUAUGAUAACAUAUUCUCUCGAUAUCUUGAUUAGGCCUAACAUUACAUCCAUGGCACGCUGCAUAAGAGCCCAAAGCCUGACAGCUGCUAAUGGGUUCGGGAGAGCACAGGGAUAA